CAUCCCCACCUCUUAUUUUAUUUUAUUUUUCUUUCCACAAAACAACUUAAUAAAUCAAAUUCACCAACACCAACCCAACCCCAUUCACCCACAAUGGACCUCACCCCUCACACGGCGCAACGCCCCCCAACCCCCCGCCGCGCUUGAGAUGUUCCCACCGCCUCCUCAGCCACUGACCACCCUCCCCUCCCUGCCCGAUCUCCUCCUCACGGCUCUAUCCGUCUGCUUCCUCGUCUCCUCCUCCAAGCCCAACGUCGCUUCCACCCGCUGCCCCUUCCCGCGCCGCUUCCUCAAAUUCCCCGCCAUGUCCCUCACCGCAACACCUUCCAAAAAUACCGCCACUGCCCUCAACACCCUACCCCCGCGCCGCCACAACUUCGCGUCUCCGCAAUCCCUCUCCGACUGGCUCAGACCCCGCCUCCCCUCCGAGUCCUUCGCCUCGUGGGGCGUCAAGCCCGGUACCAAAAACGUGCACAACCUCUGGCUCGAACUCUCCCAGGGAGAAACCUCCCUUGCCGAUUCCACUCCUCCGGUUCGGACAGUCCACGUCGUUCUCGUCCGUGUCACCGCCAAACACGGCAAGGUCCUCGUCGAGUCGCACCAGGAGUUGUCCGAUGGCAACGUCCGGAAGCGCGGCAGGCCCUUGUCGGAGAAGAUGAAGCCCAACGAGGACCCCGAGUCCGCCGCCGUCAGGGGCAUUUUCGAAGAGCUUGGCUCUGCGAUUGUUGGUGCCGGACCCAAUCCCGAAAUCGCUGACAUUGUCACCAUCGAUCCCAAUUCGUACGAGAUGCGGGUCGAGGAGCGCGAUUCGGGUUCGUACCCGGGUUUGCCCGGUUGCUACGUUUUGCACACGCUAAGCGCUACGGUUGAGGGUUUACCCGAAGGUGAUUUUUGCACGUACGAGGUUGAUGAGUACGAGGGGGUUGUUGAGGAGAAGAAUCUUGCGGACAGGGCUGUCUCUGUGAAGAAACAUUAUUGGACUUGGGUCAGUGCUGAUUCCAUCCAGACUUGAUUCAUACAUACCUUUUUGCAUUUUCAUAGUUGAGUUUAAGCUGACAAUUUUUUUCUUUAUGUUGGAAGUUUUUAUGGAUAUCAUAUGAAAUAUUGAUAGCAUCGGUUUUUUGUUUUACUUGUAAUAUAGUAUUUGAGAUAAUAAGCUGGGGGCAGAUUAUGAGAGUAAAGCUGCUACUUGAAUCAUGUCAAUAAAGCACGGGUAUAGAAUUUGCUGUAA